CUGUAGCCUGGCUCAUGGGUGAGGGGGUUAGGACAGGAGGAGGAUGUGCGCUCUGCUGGAGUUCCUCUGAGCCCGGGGUGUGACGUCACCCUCCCAGAAUGCAUGGCUUCCAGCGCGGCGCCCAGCAGUCCAGGCCCCGACUCCAGAGACGACUUUAAAACUUAGCCCCAAAAUGUCGGUGUGGAGCAGCGGAGAGUGGACGGGGAGCGGGACGGAGGCGCAGUCGGUCCGUAAAGAAGUCAAGCUUCUUCUGUGACUCAGCUGCAGUUACGUUGGUGUUUAGGGCUGCUGAAUACGACUCUACUCCGUCAACACAUAAACCCAGUCUGCACCUCUGAAGCUCCUCAUCCCUGCAGCCCUUUUGGGGUUGUUAUGGCAGCUGCUGCCACAGAAACCAGGUGCUGGAAACAGGCGUGCCCCAGUAAGGCUGGGCGGACCGCUAGUCAUCAUUACAAGAGACCAUCAAAGUGUCAAAAAAGCAGCUCUUAGCAUUAACUCUGCUUCCUGAAGCAAACAAAACUGCUAGAGAUCUGCAGACUGAUGGUGUUUCCUCCUCAUGAUUCUUGUCCAUACCUGCUCAGGCUCUUGGCUGGAGUCCCUGUGCAGCUGCAAAGCCCUCGUUGUUCCUUCUGUUAGACCAUGUUCCAUCAGCAGGAUCAUCUGAAAGGCCAGCUGCACGACAACCUUCCAGCCAGCAGGCAGGUCUUCCACUGCCAGGACUGCGGGAAGCAGUACAACACUCAGCUGGGUUACCGUCGCCACCUGGUGGCUUCCCACAGCGCUGCAGCAGGCUUGGCCUGCAGAGACGAGUCUUCUUCCCUGCUGGACAACCUGGGUGACCACGGCGACAGGCCUCCUCCACCAGAGGGCAGCACCAACGUGCCGGUGAGAGAGAGAAAGUACUCAUGCGAACGAUGCGACCGCCGCUUUUACACCCGAAAGGAUGUACGGCGCCACGCUGUGGUGCACACGGGACGCCGUGACUUCCUCUGCCCCCGCUGUGCGCAACGCUUCGGACGCCGAGACCACCUGACGCGCCACUUAAAAAAGAGCCAUGCACAGGAGUCGGUGCUGACGUCACCGUGCAACCCCAGCACACCCGUGGCUAGUCUGACCCCUGCGACCCUUUGUCCGGUGAAGGAGGAGCCCAGCCCGGUGACCCCUGAUCUGGGCUCCGUCUCCAAGGAGCCCAUGGAGGGUUUUGCUCGGGACAUGUGUACCUCCUACCCCAUGCCUAAUCCUGUCCCAGGGAUGGGCCACCCUCAUGGCCUCAUGCAGGGGUCCUUAUCCUCAAAUAUGGGUGUGGGUCACCACGUGUCCCCCCAAACUUCCCACCCCCUUCACCAUCACAUGCAGCCCCCUGCAGCCCCUCAGCAGCAGCCUUACAGCAACAUGUCCCGCUACCAGCAUGGAUCUACCUCCUAUCCUCGCUCUGACAUGGAUAGUUUCCUGCUGGACCUCCAGAGUGCCCCCCCGCCUCACCUGAGCGCAGUCAACUCCUCUACCUCUGCCUCCCCCCAGCGGGAGGCGUUGGGCGAUGGCGUGAACGCUGGCGGCGACGCCCACCUGCUGUCGAGGAGCCCCGCCAUCUCCACAACUGAGCUGUCUUGUACCACUAACAUGGACCUCGGGCCUCUGCUGAGCUUUUUGCCUUUCGGCCUGCCACCUUACAGCCCUCACAUGGGGAUGGGGGGAUUAGUGAUGAGCUAUCCGCCUGCCACCUCCACCACCACCGCCUCUUCUCCAUCCUCUUCCACUGGGCUGUCCUCCCAAGCUCCUGGGCCUUUCACUUUCUUCCAGCCCCCACAGCCUCAUGUACCACAAGGUCCUGGAGUCCACAACCACAGCCAGCUACCUCAGGCGUACAGUCCUGGUAUGAGCACUUCCAGCUCCCUACCUCACUAUUACCAGGCCUUCCAGCAGUAAGCAGCUCUGUCCCCUCAAGCAUCGCCUUCAUGUGAGAAUGAGAACAGCAUCUUUGUUUUUAAGACAGAUGUGUAACAACCGAUCACCUCAUCAGUAUUACCUCAUGAUUAAAGAAAUAACCUUUGAAUGUUUUAGGAACUGCAGCUUUUAAAACUCUUCACAGGAUGCUGAAAGUCCUCCAGCUGUUAAGAUUAUUCUGGAAAACACUACAGCAUAUCAUUCAUUUCUGUCUUAUUUUUUAAAACAGGUCACUUUUAUUUGAUUUUUCUUUUCAUGUAAAAAUAUUGGAGCAUGAGCAUCCUUACAGAGCUGACAGAGGUUGCGCUCAGUUACAGUUGAAUAAUUUCAAAAGAUUGAAUCUUAGCAGCACUUUUCUGCCUGUGACAAGCUAACAUGGUCAAGUACAUCAGAUAAAUAUAUUAAAUACCAAAAUUUAUCAUCAACCAUUAUUAAAAAAUCAGUAUUAGACAUUAUUAGUCUAUUUUUACACUAGAAAAGUCUAAUAUUUUUAAAUACAGUUGAUAAUUACAGUUAACAAUAACUGUAAAGCUAGACUGCACUUCAUAAACAUGUUUUGUUCUUGGGGGGGCCUUCAUACACCAAACAGUUUGUUCUGUUUUCAGCCAUUUGAACACGUUAAAUCAACAUGUCUUUUUAUGAAAAGGGAGGCUAACGGCUAAACUUACAAGUCAUUUGUUGUUUUUUUUCUCUAAAACAAGGAGCACUUUCACAAAGAUGUGAAGAAAAUGAAGACUAGCUGAUGAUGAUUCAGCAGACACUGCACACAUUAUGGCACCAACGCCCCCUCCUGGCCUGACAUGUCUUCUUCAGUGUCUUUGGCUGUGCCUGCAGGUCUAAAUGCUCAAUUCUGCUGAGAUCUGAUUUGUUUUUAUCUUAUUUUGCUGCAGCCCUGAAGCGACCCGGAUGUUCAGCACGCUGUUUAGGCGUCCGUCUCACUUCAACCACGUAACAGCUGAGACUGAGGCCACUUUGGAAAACAUUAGAUCUGUAUCCUCUCUAUUACCACAUAUGAAAGUGGUCUGGGUCGGAUUUGAAGAAAUCUGGUUAAUUUUGUUCAGACCGUCAUAAAAUAUCAUGUUUUUACUUUUCUGCUUAUAUUUGAGCCAAAUCUGAUCUUUAUGACAAUCUGAACAACACAAAUCUGAUUCUUUCAAAAUCCAACUCGGACCACUUUUGUGGUCUAAGUUGGAUCCAUAUCCGAUCUUUUCCAAAGCUACUAUAGUCUGUUAGGGGUAGGCUCUAUUUAGCUAUGUCACAAUUUGAUUUUAUCCACCCUUCCCCAAACAGCCAGGACUUUCUGAACAAAGCCACCCAUGGAAGCUGAGGUGCUUCUCACCAUAUUUCUUUAGGUCCCUUUAUGCUCGACACAAAAGACUUUUGUCCGUUUUUGUCUGUGCCCUGGCAGAGCAACCAUAGUACCACCAAGGGGCAGUGUUGAGCUGUCUGUCCUGUGAAAGGAACAAAGGAGAAUAACCUGUGAUGUGGCUGCACAGAUUACCAUCUACUGCACUUUCACCUUAUAUCCCUACGUCCUUCUCUUAACUUAUCACAAUCUCUUCCUCCGUCACCAUGCUCACUGUCGAUUGAAAGCAAUGUGAAAACACGGCCCUCUGGUGGAUAUAUCAGCUAACGACCACGCAAAUGAAAUGGAUGCCUGGAAAUAUGAGGGCAGUGACAUUUGAAACGGAUGUACCUGUUUCCACCCACAGCUGGUGACAUGGCUGAGGGUAGGAAUGUACAUGGACCAGUAAAUCCAGAGCUUCUCCUUUCGGCUCAGCUUCUUCACCAGGACAGACCGAUGCAGAGUCCGCAUCACUGCAGACGCUGCACCGGUCCUCCUGUAGACCUCCUGCUCCACCCUGUCCUCAGUCCUGAACCAAACGCUGAGAUAUUUGAUGUAGCUUCUAUAUUCACCUUGCAAGCAGCGUGAUGCGGGUGGCAUCACGUCUUCAGGACUGCGGACUGAACACGCGAAAUGAUCUGAACUGAGCAUUAAGACCUGCGGUGUGAACGUGACCUUCGUGGUGUGUUCGGUUGCUUUUUGUUUAUUCAAACACUUCAGACUGUUGGUUUGGUGUGUAAGGGCCCUCGUAGGUCAAAUCGCGGUGACAUGAACUACUUUCCUGCUGUUGGAGUAAAAUGCACUUACCUUUUUAUUUUUUCAUCUAAAGUGAUGCCAAAUCACGCAAGGCUGCAACCUGCUGCUGCUGUUGGCUAAAAAAGUCCAUGUUCAGACAUUUGCAGGCCAAAACAUUUGAUGCAGUAAGUUCUUAGUUCAUGACUUCCACUGGGUGAAUUUACUAGUUGCUAACUGGGACUGGGUGGCAGUGAUGCUCAGCGCGUCUGCACAGCAGCUUGUUCAAUAAGCCUUAAACUCCUGUUAAACUUUUAAAAUACUUCUACACCCCCUCUUGUCCCUUUCCAAGACUUUUCUCAGAACUCUGAUGCUUGUGUGGGGGGCCUAAAACAUACAUUUUUUAAAAAGGAAGUUUCAUGUGUGGCUGCCUUUUGCCAGUGCACUACACAUUAAAUCUGAACACAACUCUUGGAAAAAGUCCAGAAUUCCAAAUUCCAUUUUUUCUUCCCCCCUGAAUCUGCUGAGGGGACAUUAGCGGUGCUUUAGCGAUCCCAUCUUCCAAAGUUAGCCUCCUUUCAGACAAAAUUCCUAACAAGAAGACUUCAGAUGCAGUUUAGAGAUUUUUUUGUACAGUUAGUUGUAUUAAAGAUGUGUUGGUGAAGUUUUAAUGGCCAGUAGGAACAGGCGCCAGUUACAGCAAGACAAGCUGUGAAACAUACGUGUGGAAGUAUUCCACAUCCCGAACUAAGUCUGUGAGGCAGAUCCCCGUGUUUCUGUUGAGAUGUCUGCCUGCAGUGCAGAUGGACGGCGGAUGGCAGCCCGCACCGUGAAAGCAUGUUGGAAAGUGUUGGUCCGUACCCCGUUUCUCAUGUAGCCGAGUGGAAGAUGGCGGAAAAGCAGGCUAGACCUGAACCGCUGCUUCAGCUUGCUGUGAAUAUGUGACUUUAUUUUCUAACAGAGUUCAGUGUUAAUUUCUAAAUGGCUUAAACAAAAAAAACUCCAUAUUUUCUACUAUUUUCGACCACACAUUCUUCCAGGGUUGUUUUUUGGCCUCCGUCUUUACUUGGUCCAGGAACCUGGACGGGAAGCAGGUUUCCUUUAAGAGUGUCGCCCGGCACAAAGAAAACAGCAGCCUGCUAAUAACGGACGCCCUGGUGAAGCUGGUAGAAGAGCUAAUAUCGUACAGAGGAUACUUUAGAAGGGGAGAGAGAUUCUGCUCGCUCUCCUGCCUUAAUUCCACGGACUCCUUGUUGAAGGACUUUUUCAUUAGCAUUGCACCGAUGUCUUAAAAUGCUACUGUUGUGCCUCUCUAAGAGUGCCUGACCUCUUGACUGGGUUGAAGCACUUAUGACAUUUCUAAAAGGAUUAGGUUGAUCUGUACCUCAAACAUAAAUAACUGAGGGUGUCUUUUUUUUUUUUUUUUUUUUUUGUAUUUGCCUCUAGUUAUUUUGGCACUUAAUUGUGUCUCUAGAUUUAAACUAUGAAGCUUGAUUUUAUGACACACAACUCUUAGCUUUUGGCAUAUUUCAAACAAGAACCCGACCUAAAUCUAUCAGGAAGCUGAUAUAGACUCGGCGUACAUGUUGAGUGAUUAGUACCACUUUUUUAACCUGAAGCUGAAAAUGGUGCUUUAGAUAAUAAUGUAAGCACAUUGUCAGUCUAGCAGAGCGGCUCUGACUUGUUUACAAAUACUCGGCACUGUUUGCAGCACAUGUGCAGCCGGUGGGGUCCAUGUGCAGAUUUACACACCUACCCAUUCAUUUAGUGUGCAUGUAUACACGCAUGCAUGUAUGAAUGUGGAUACAAGCGUGUAUGUGUUUAGAUGUGUAAAAAUGUGAGGCUCUAAUUAAAACUGUCUACCUCUACCUUGUCAGAUAUUUUAUGCAAAAUUAUUCCAAGCAGUUUUUAAUCGCUGAAGUUGGAGAUUUGUAUACCAGCCGAAAGUGUGGACACACCUCUCCAAACUAUGACAUAUUAGGAAUAAUGAAACAAAAAGGACUAAAGUAAACCUUUUUAUCUUUGAUAUUAUAUUUUUAGCCACCUUUUGCUUUUUUCCAGCUGUCUUUAGCUGCUUUCUUUCACUCUUUGCUCUGUUCUGAAGUCUCAGAACCUCGGUGCUUUCUGGAGAACCGGGCUGCAUUCACACUGAUUUAACCAGAACCAAAGUGGGCGGACUUUAGUACAUCUUGGAGAUUUGAUUCUGAAAGUCGAUGGUUGAGUCUCCAGGCUCCAUUAUAACCUACAGUUUUCUCAACAUAAAUAUCAUGUUGUUUCAGUACUGAAAUAUAAAUCAGUUGCCAGGCAAUUCAAGUUUUGCGUCGAGAACUAGCCUCAAGAACUCCCAAACCAGGACCGGGAGAACAAAAUGGCAUCAUUUUGCUCUCGUGGUGCCGGGAACAAGAACAAAGUUCUCGCCAAGUGUGGAACAGGCGUUACCUGGUUAGCAGAUAAUGAUCAGAUGUUUGGUGUGGAUGUAAACGACCUUGUAGAUUUAUGUGAUGCUAGUUUUUACCAGCAGAAGAGGUGCUGGCAGCCUGACCACUGUUAACCGUUCUGUUGUUUUUUUCCUGGUGGUCGGCGAACAGUUUGGUAAAUUGAUGCCACCUUGUGGUGGCAGUACCACAUUACAACCAGGUGCAGGUUGAAACGAGACAGUUGCAUUCUGAGGCAGUAAUUGCAUAAACUAUUAGAUUUCUUACCAUUAAAGGAUGAUUGAAAAAUGAGUAAUAGUUAUGUCUUUUGGCUCCGGCAGUUGUCUUCUUCUUAGUGUCGCUCAUCAUUGUUUUGUUUUGAACAAUUAGUCGUAAAGUCUGAUUAAAACCGUGUCCUCUUAUGGUUGGUUGUCAGCCAGUUAAACGAAGGAUUGAUGUGGACUUCAUUGCCAUCCACUCUUUGAUUUUAUUGAUGCAUUUAGACCAGUCUUCAUCCAAAAUAAUGUCAAGUCCCCCCAUGCCCACUACCGCAUGCAUCCCGGCCCUUAUAAUGACACGUACAAAGAAAUGUGCCGCGGUAGCUUUGUUUAGCAGAGACAGUCAUUAGUUUGUUGGCUGCUACUUCAUUGGUUACAGUUAAAACCAUGUCAGUGGUGGAGGGAAGUACUAAUUCCUCUGCUUUAGUGAGGCUUUUAGUUCAGGAAACUGCAUGCUACUUCAUAAGAGGGAAGUUCUACUGUGGUAAAAUGAUUUACCACAGCUCAGUAGUUUAUUUCUAAUCAGUGGGCUUUUCUUUCUGUUCAGAAUGAGAAUAUUUUGAGACAUACGACACACUGGUCUCUCUUUAUUACCCACAUUAUGAUUGCUUGACCCUUACCUGGUCAUGGCCAGGGCAAGAUAUGCCUUGUUGUACCAGUUUUAGCGUGUAGAUGCAGCUGUGACACAACCCACCAAAAACCACUUUAUCCUUCUUAUUGAGGAAGAUUCUGAUGGGGUCCGAGCCUCACUUUAAGAGGAUGGCCACAGGGUGACCCAUUUGCUGUGCCCCCCCUUGUCCCAACUCAGGCCCCCCACUUUGGGAACCACUGAUUUAGACACGUGGCACUAAUUUAAGCACAGAAACAGUCAUUAAGGAGCCACAUCCUCCAUUCUUGACCUUUUAUUAACUGAUGAGUGCAGUGUAACUGCAGCUAAUGCUCUACAUCCAGCUCAUUCCCUUUCAGGGAGGUGAAACGUGCUCCAGGUGAUUCCUCGGGCUGGUUUGGGAAAAGGUGGAGUUUCCAGCCAUUAGAGCAGAAAUGGCUUGAAAGAAGAAUUGGAUUUUGGGUUUCUUACGUUAUUUUAAACACAUGAUUGUGUGUGUGUGUGUGUGUGUGUGUGUGUGUGUGUGUGUGUGAGAACGCUGUCAGUACUGUAAGGUGGAAAAGAUGAAGCAAACGCCUCUGAAUGAGUAGGUGUGUCCCCACUUUUGUCUGGUACCUGCGUAUUGAUCCGGGAUCUCCACUUCUUAAAGAAACAGACACAGCUCAGUUAAACUGGUAGAAUUGUUUGUUCUUUGUACUCGCUUUUUAAUUAUAUUUCUACUUAUUUACUACCUCAGAAGAGACAGGAGACUGUCCAUCUAACUGCAGAGAAAAUAUCUGUGUAGUUUUAUUUUUGUCAGAACAAGCACGUGUACUUUGUUGCUCCAUAGUUUUUGUUUUUUUUUCUAUUGAGGUAAGCUUGUAUGGAAUGAUGUCUACUCUUAUCAAGUAUCCACUGCCAGUCAGAUACGACUGCUUUGUUCUGUUGCUGUUGUGCCUCUUUGUCCUCAGUCUGAAACUGUUGAUCAGUUCCAGCCUUGGUCUUGUGCAAAUAUUAGUACAACAUAAGAUUUUUCUCAAUUAAGCAGAGAAAAAUCCCUUAAAGUUUAGCCCAGAUUCCCCAGUUUUUAAGGGUGAACUUUUUUAAGGAUAACCUACUCUGAAAGAUUACAACACGAUUCGAGAAUCUUUUUCUUAAAACUUCGGACUAAUUUGAUUUGGAUGUUUUGGGCUUAAUGUCCUUACUGGAAGAUUAACCUCAUGUCUGGAAAAGAGCCUUAAAAGGUGGUGCUUCUGGACAUUUUUGGACCCAGCAUCUUUCUUCUUUUUCUUGAUUUAUCACCACCAUAAUCUCAAAAUGUAAAUCCUUCACUUUUAAUUGGGAAUUUCUUUUUACAGCAUUUUUUGCCCAGUAGCAGAAGGUUGUUCAGUCUUAGAUAAAUGCAUUUUAACUUUGUCUGAACAACAACGCUGACACAAGUCCAGGUCCUCCAGACUGGAUUCACAGAGGCAGAGCGGCACAGAGAACACCGGUUAUCAUGUCAUUGUUCAGCCUGCGUUCAGGUCGGCUCUGAGAACCACAAGAAUGCAGGUUUGACCACCUUUAACUUAGAUAAGUUUUGCUUUAGGUGUUUGUAUUAUCAUAUAAUAGAGUAGAAGACAGUGUGGGAAAAAAGGAAUUGUCAUUUUCUCAUUGUCUGAUGAUUCAGUAAUACAAAAUAAACAAAUGGUUAGAUUUA